CAGACGUUGGUGUGUUGUGCGAGUAACAGUAUAAAUUGUGCGGUAAAUUUUAUAAAUUUUUUUAGUUAUUUUUGUUUAAAUUUAUUUAUUCAACUACUUCGAUUCGACGUACGAGAAAAUUAUUUCUUACAGACAACAAUACAGGACUAUUCAUGAUAAUCAUCUCCCUGGAGUUAAGAGGAUAACGACGGAUAGUUGGCAGUCUCUGUUCUACCUAUGUUGUGCGGAGAAUUGUUUAACGGUGGCUUCGUGAGUGCGGGAGCAGUUCCUGCGGUACCCUACAGUCUUAUUGGGCUCUGGAUACCCGGCUGCGUACGAGCGACAAAUCCGCGUCUUAUUACCUCAUCAUAUCUCCCGCUGUUGACGGAAUUGUUAGCUGCUAGGUGUCUUGAAGAGCAAUAUUAUAAUAAUUUUUUUUGUAAAAAUAUGGAUGUUGUAAGGCAAACCCAGCAUUCAAAUACAAACGAUCAAUCUUCAACUAAUAAUGAUCUUGAUCUUGAUCUUGACCUUGAUCUCGACAACGAGGACAGUGUUUUUCUCGAAAACGGACUUUUGUCUUUUGAAAAUCCAAACUAUCAUCUAGAAUCAGCGCGCUUUGAUGACGCACUUAAUAGUAAUAGUUCGGGAAAUUCACUGUUUGAUGAAUUAUAUCAAGAUCUAGUGGUCAGUGGUGCCAGAAGAGACGAGAUGGUUACAGGUAUCGUAAACGGAGGUGGAGUUGGUAAUAGUACGAGGCAUGCACGUAGAACAUACGCCACACUAGACCUUGGCAGCAUGGGUGUUGAUGUUACUCAGGGUCCUCUAACUCAGAAUUCAGUCACUGCAGAAACACCAGACAAUACUGCCAACCACAAUCUUGGGUAUGGCAGCGAGGGUGCGGAGGUGAUCGAGUCGGCGCUGGUUGAUGAUAAUCUCAACGGGAAUCCUCGACCAUCAUCCAAGGCCCUGUCAAAUCCAUCCGCGACCCUCGAUGCCGGUGGUUCCGACCACAAUGUCAGAAAUUACUGUGAGAACCCCGAUAACGACUUAACGGAGAUGGGCGGUAUACCACAUGUAGAGGAUGGCCUCAACAGAGAUCUUUACCCUAUUUCAGUGAAACGCAGACAACCAAAAGAUCAAAAUAUAACAAACCAAUUAGAAAACAAUUCAAAAGAAAAAGCCGAUGAGUCGCAGAGUCCACAGUCUGAGGACAAGGAUGAAAAUUUACCAGCUGGUUGGGAAAAACACGAGGACAAAGAUGGUCCCUACUACUGGCACAUCAAAAGUGGUACUAUACAAAGAGAAACACCAGAAGCGACACUUAAUUCAAAAAAUGAAAACCACAAAAGUCUUGUUAAAGACAAUGACAGUAUAAAUAACUUUCAUUCAUUGGGUACUAUAAUCAAUACAGUGACACGUAGUAACACAAGUUCUGCAUUAGAUCAAGAAUUGGAAAAUAAACGAAAGGAGGAAUUGGCAUUGAAGAGAAGAAGUUAUCCAGCCCGAGCAGACUCUGAAGGAAGGGACAAACCUAUCAGAUUUGCGGUUCGGUCUCUUGGUUGGACGGAAAUCGCAGAGGAAGAUUUGACGCCAGAAAGAAGUAGCAAAGCUGUCAACAAAUGUAUUGUUGACUUAUCACUCGGAAGAAAUGAUCUUUUAGAUGUUGUCGGUCGGUGGGGUGAUGGUAAAGAUCUUUUCAUGGAUCUAGAUGAAGGAGCACUAAAACUAAUUGACCCUGAAAAUUUAACAGUACUCAAUACUCAACCAAUUCAUACUCUCAGAGUAUGGGGCGUCGGCAGAGAUCAUGGACGAGAUUUUGCAUAUGUAGCAAGAGACAGAUCAACUAGGAAAUUCAUGUGUCACGUGUUUAGGUGUGACAUACCAGCUCGUACAAUUGCAAAUACAUUACGUGACAUUUGUAAGAAAAUAAUGAUUGAACGAUCGUUACACCAGAAUCUUGCAAAACCAGUAGAUAUUAAUGGCAGAACUUGUUUAGCAACAAGACCUACUAAUUUACCAACAGAACAUCGGCGCUUUCACAGAAAUAAUGAUCAGACACUAGUCGCACAAUCAUUCCCUACCCCGAUGGAAGAACCAAAGAAAGUUCUGCGAGCGCAAUAUCUUGGCUCAAUGCAAGUAACAGCGGCUACAGGAAUGGAUGUUUUAAAUGACGCAAUAGACCACAUGGUGACAAACACUCCUAUAAAUCAGUGGCGAAAUGUUAACGUAGCUGUUGCACCGAGCAUGAUCUCUAUACUUACACCCAACGAUGAAAAAUUGAUAACAGAGUGUCGAGUCCGUUAUCUAUCAUUUCUGGGCAUUGGAACAAAUGUUAAGCAGUGUGCAUUUAUUAUGCACACUGCACAGGAUCUUUUUAUAGCUCAUAUAUUUAAUUGUGAGCCUAGCAGUGGUGCUUUAUGCAAAACAAUUGAGGCCGCGUGCAAGCUGAGGUACCAAAAAUGUCUAGACGCUCAUCCGCAGGGUUUUAGAAACGCUAAUAAUUUAACUACCCCGAAUGGCCGCGGAAUAGGGGCAACUAUCAAGUCAUUAGUGGGAUCUCUUACAGGCAGAAAAAAUAAACAGGGUGAAUCCUGAGAUGAGGCUCUCUCGCUCCAGCGUAUAGUCAAAUCAACCAAGCCGAUCGAUUCGCCAGGAACUAUGGCCACUUCCUGCUGAGCGAGAAGUGAUUCGUCACAGGCAUCUCCAGUCUCCAUUGACACUUAAGUACUUUGGGAGUUCACCACCGAGUGCCUCUCUUAAGUCCCUUCUUUCACCUUCCUUGGACAUGAGAAGUAUUAAUCAGCUCGCUCCGUGGGAAAGUUGUCCCUAAUAUAAUAUAAUCAAUAAUAAUAAUAAUAAUACUAGUAAUUGAUAAAUAAAUCGAGGGAAAUAAGACUAGUAAAUAAAAUAUCGCGCUUCUCGUGAUUAUUAAUUUAUAUAUUACGCUAAAAUUAUUUUAUAUAUGGCGUUUUAAAAAAUGAAUAUAAUGAUACCAUUCACUUGAGAUAAUAUAAUGCUUAAUUGACUUGAAUAUUAAUGAUAUAAUAUAUGAUAUUUCUGUGUUAUGUCUUCGAAUUUAUAACGACGUCCAAUUAUUAAGUGUUAUUGCUUGUUCGGAAUAAAAUAUAUAAAACUCAUAUUGUUUUCUUAUAUUU